UCAAAAUACUAAAUAACACUGAAAUAAAGGCAUUUGCGUAAGCAAGAAUCAAUUGUAGUCGUCAAUCUUUGCUUCUCCCGCAAACGUUCUUUUUCUUUCUUCUCUUAUGCUCUCUGUUCGACUUUCUUGUAUAGAAAGAUUAGUUUUUGUUCACUACUGGUAUUCUUUCACCAUUUUUAUAAUAAAAAAUGUGUAAAUAAAGAUUAGUUUUUGUUCAGUUAUCAACAAUUCUUUUUGAGUUUUGACACAAAUCUCGAUUUCGCGUCAACAAAAUUAACAAGCAGUGUGUGUAUAUAUAUUCCUCGAGAAAGACGACGAGGAGAGAUAAAAUGUCGGGAUGGAGGAGACUAAGAGACAUAGCAUUGAAGGCAUCGAAGAGAGGUAAUCAGCACCAGGUGCAGUUGCAGAAGCGGGGUUUUGUGAAUUGCCUUCACGUGGGCUCUUAUGUCAAACGGAGAGAAUCUUUGAUUGGAGUGCAGGAGAGGUACAAGUGGAACCGCGGUGGCGCUGGCGAUGAGUUUCAAACUCGGAAAAUUAAGGCUGAGGCAAAUUGCCCACGUUGCUCCAAGCAAAUGGAUCUACUCUUUACAAACCGGCCCCAUCAUCUAAUUCCGCCCUCUUCCAACCCCGAUUCCUCUUUCGAUUAUAUCGAUGCAACUUCUAAUACUACCACUGCGAAUGCUAAUGAAAACAGUAAUAAUAGUAACUCGAAAGGUGGAGGAGUAUGUGGAGGAGGUAAUGCUUUCCAAGCGUUGAAUAUGUGCCCCAAUUGUAAGACGGCUUAUUACUUUAGGCCAUACAAGAUGUCGCCUCUUCAGGGAAGUUUCAUUGAGAUUGGGACUGUCAAAAGCAAGAAGUCAAAUUCGGAAAAGAAAUUGGCGGAAGCUGAAGAUUAUGGGAGGAGGAUUCGAGCAUCAUUUUGGGAGACAUUGAAGUCAUAUGGCAGUGAGCCACCAGAGAACUGGCCUCCUCCGCCAUCUCCAUCUGGAAAUGGGCUGGCUGUCCAUGCACCACCUGGACCUCCUUUUGCUCCUGGCAUUAAUCUGAUAAGGGCAUCGGGUAAUGAGGGCAAUGGUGGCAGUGGAAAUGAUGGUCGCAAUGGUGGUGGUACUAACGAAGAGAAAAGCAGCUGGGGUGGGUCUAAACUUGGUAAAAGUUUACCCACGCCAAAGGAGAUCUGCAAGGGACUUGACAAGUUUGUCAUCGGCCAGGAACGUGCUAAAAAGGUGCUUUCAGUGGCUGUUUAUAACCACUACAAAAGGAUAUAUAAUGCGUCCUUUCAGAAAGGGUCAGAAGCUGAAUCAGUUAGAGUAGAUGAUGAUGACAAUAUCGAAUUGGAAAAGAGCAAUGUGCUUUUGAUGGGCCCUACUGGCUCAGGUAAAACGCUGCUCGCGAAAACCCUUGCUCGUUUUGUGAAUGUGCCUUUUGUGAUUGCAGAUGCAACAACUUUGACACAGGCUGGUUACGUUGGUGAAGAUGUUGAAUCGAUAUUGCAAAAAUUGUUCACGGUUGCUGAGUUUAAUGUACAAGCUGCACAACAAGGGAUGGUUUAUAUUGAUGAAGUUGACAAGAUAAUUAAGAAGGCCGAGAGCUUAAACACCAGCAGAGAUGUUUCUGGUGAAGGUGUUCAGCAGGCACUACUGAAAAUGCUAGAAGGGACUAUAGUAAAUGUUCCAGAAAAGGGGGCAAGAAAGCAUCCUCGAGGUGAUCAUAUUCAGAUAGAUACAAAAGACAUCCUUUUCAUUUGUGGAGGAGCAUUUAAUGAUUUGGAGAAAACUAUUUCUGAAAGGCAGCAGGAUUCAUCAAUUGGGUUUGGAGCUCCUGUUCGUGCUAAUAUGAGAGCAGGUGGAGUGGUUGAUGAUGCUGUAACGGCAUCCUUACUAGAAUCUGUGGAAAGUAGUGAUCUUAUUGCAUAUGGCCUCAUACCAGAAUUUAUUGGGCGCUUCCCUAUUUUGGUUAGUUUGUCUGCUCUUACAGAGAACCAACUUGUUCAGGUCCUCACUGAACCAAAAAAUGCUCUCGGUAAGCAGUACAAGAAAUUAUUUAGUAUGAACAAGGUGAAGUUACAUUUCUCAGAGAUAGCAUUAAGACUUAUUGCAAAGGCAGCAAUGGCAAAAAAUACUGGUGCAAGAGGUUUAAGAGCAAUACUGGAAAACCUUUUAACUGAUUCCAUGUACGAGAUUCCAGAUGUAAAGACUGGAAAAGAUAAAGUAGAUGCUGUGGUUGUUGAUGAUGAAUCAAUAGGUACAAAAGAUUCCCCUGGAUGUGGGGGGAAAAUACUUCGUGGAGAUGGUGCUUUGGAACAGUACCUUGCGAAAGCCAAAUUAAAAGAUCAAGAGGAGGGUGUUGGGACAGCUGAAGCAGAGUCUCAGGAAGGUGAAUCAGAAGUCUCAUCUAGAGCCAUGAGCAUGUAACUUUUAUCUGCGUCCUCUACUAACUGUGUAUACAGCGAGGCCUUUUCUUCUUUGGUGCAUUGGAAAAUUUACAUCCAUUCAUAAUUGGCUGUUGUACUCUUGUAAGAAAUCAUUUGGUUAAUAGCAGAUAGGUGAUCAAGGAUAAAAGAAAGGCAUAGUAUUUAUCUUUCUGAUUUAAGCAGUUCAUUGUAGAAAUUCCCAUUCUAUAGAGAGUUUAGCUUUUAUGCUAA